CCCAUGCACACACGCACCACAGCACGGGAGACAAAGACCAAAAAGACCAACACCGGCCACCAGGUGUGAUCUCAAACUAUCAUUAGGCACUGAUGGAGAUGGCAGUUGUUCUGAACGCUCCUCAACCCCUAAAAGGCCCUGGUCGUCUCCCCUCUAACGCCAGUCACCAGUGGUGGGUCAGCGAUGACAAUGGUAACAACUUCAAUGGCACAGGAGCAUCAGUGGAGGCAUGUCCUCUUUCCGGGAUGAAGAGCCAGACAUGCGCCUUCCACGGGGAAAGCAAGAGGGGCCACACUCAGGCCGAAGAAGGCCAAGCUGAAAACGCCCGACCGCAGGAUCUUGGUGUCACCGCACAGAGUAAACACGCAAGCGGGCACAGUAGUGACAGGUCAAACAGUAAUAAGCAGAUGUCCCGAGCAGUCCCAAAGCCCCAAGCCCCUGUGAGCACCAGCCCGACCAAGGGCUCUGUGUUUGAACAGUGGGCAUCCAUGGAUAGUGACGUCCAGACAGCACAGACCAAGAGGCAGCUCUCAGACGAGGACAAAGCCCAAGUCUCCACAGCCAUGAAGAAGAACACAGUGGGAGGGGCUGAGCAGGAGGGAGGGGCUGAACAGGAGGCAGGGGUUGAGCAGGAGGGAGGGCCUGACUCUGCAAGGUUGCAGGAGGACAGAGCCAAUCAGGGCUGCCCAAAGAGGCCUGGUUCCAGGAAGAAACUGAUCUCCAACAGGGAUGACUUCCACAGAAUAGACACACAUACAAUCAAUGCUGGCAAAGAGCUAAAGUGCAAGAAGAUCUUUUCAGUACAGACGAUUGCCCAGACUAUCACAGAGGGAGCGUCCACGGAUUUAGAAAGACUCCGCGCUAUCUGGAUCUGGCUCUGUUACAACAUCGAGUAUGACGUGAGCGGUUACCUGGGUCUGACGGAGGAAGCGUGCUCCCCUGAGCGGGUGGUUGAGACCGGCCGAGGGAUUUGCUGUGGAUACUCCAGCGUCUGUUUACACAUGUGCAAGGCGGUGGGCGUCGAGUGCCGGGAGGUGGCCGGCCACGGAAAGGGCGUGGGAUACAGGCAGGGGCGGAGCUACCAGAACACCAAGUCCAAUCACAGCUGGAAUGCCGUGCGCCUGGAAGGCCAUUGGUACCUGCUGGAUGCCUGCUGGGGGGCUGGGACAGUGGACAUGGACAAUAGAGUCUUCAUGAAGAGGUACAAUGAAUUCUACUUCCUGACUGAUCCGGAGGACUUCAUCAACUCCCACUGUCCGGAUGAGGAGGAGUGGCAGCUGCUGGAGAACCCUGUGAAGCUGGAGGAGUUUGAGAGGAUGGUGCUGAAAACCUCUGCGUUUUACCAGCUACGCCUGACACUCAUCCAACCCAGACACUUCUUACUCAUCACAGAAAAUGGAGAGGCUUCCAUAUCUAUGGGGUUCCCUCAGCCUGUGGACUUUACGUAUCAGAUCUUUCAGCGCAGCUGCUGUGAGCAGAAGGAGCUGAGGGGCUCCGUGGGUCUGCUCACUGUAACGCAGACCACCAUGAAACUCCGCCUCCUGCCCCCGACCGUGGGCUCCUUUGAGGUCAUGAUCUUCGCGCGCCUAGGAAACACUUCCGGGAUGUUUGGCUGGGUGUGCUCCUUCCAGGUGGAGUGUUCCAAGCCCCAGCCGGCGAAGGAUCUCCCUGAGAACCCCUACCUGUGCUGGGGAAUGCAGCGAAAUGCAGAGGCCCUGGGCCUGGAGCCCCGUGUGUGUGGGAGUGAAGUCGCCGUGCUGGGGGGUGGCACGUUCGAGCUGGUUCUGCACACCGCCAGACCACUCAUGAUGCUGUGUGAACUGAGCCACAAGGACCUGGAUCAGAACCUGGCUAAGAGAUGCCUGGCCACCCAGAUCGAGGCAGAUAAGCUCACCUGUCACGUUCUCUGCCCUUACACUGGUUAUUACAGACUGUCCGUGUUUGUCCGGGACUACGAGCUCGCUGGGGACAACUUCAGCAACGCUGGUAACUUUAUGCUUUACUGCGCUGGAAACCCGAUCAACCUUAACGAACUUUUUCCCCCGGCUCUCAGCAACUGGUGCGGCCCUGGCAUCAGUACCGACCUCGCCGGCCUGUCCAAGUUCAGCCACACGGAGGCGAUAGUAAGCACACAACAGGGACAGUUGGACAUCACCUUCCGGAACCAGCACGACCUGGACAUUCAUGCAGUUCUGAGCAAAGAACAACGGUCGCGGGCAGGACACGACCUGACCCGCCACAUCUUCCUCGCGCAUGCCAGGACAGAGGUCAUGGUCAGCGUCACCCUCCCCGAGCCUGGUGUCUACAAACUGAGCUUGUACGCCAGUGCAGCACCCGACGAGGACUACGCGCCGCUGUGCGACUUUGUGGUGCGGAACGGUGCCGAGGCCGGGCGGCCGGCGUUCCCCCGCACCUACGCGGCCUGGGGGAAGGGCGACGUGCUCCUGGAGCCCCGCACCGGUCUGUUGGAGCCACACUCCCGGGUGCGGCUGCGUGCGCGGGUGCCCGGAGCCCGCAGGGUCUGCGCGCUGGGGCAGCAAACGGCCGAGCUGCACCUGGAUGACAGCGGCGUGUGGGAAGGGGAGGCAGUCACGGGCAGCGGCAGGCAGCUCCGGAUCGCCGCCUUCCGGGACCUCACCUCCACCGACAUGGACAUCCUCGUGUGCUUUGACGUGCGGGAUGCAGCGUGAGUGGGGCCAAAGCAAAAAAGCAAAAAAGUUUCUUAAAAGUAAAAGGAUAGGAAAUUUCCAGCUGCUAAAUUAAAAGGUUGAAAAAAAAGGAGAGAACUAGAGUGAUAAUUGUAAAUAGCAUUUGUGUGAAAACAUUUGGCAGGUUUUGUUUUGUUUGUGUGCGCAUGUGUCAUAUUUCUCUUGCGAGGUGUUAUAAUGUAUAAGGUUUCACAGUAUGUAAUCAAUUACGGGGCUGUAAAUGUGAUAAACACAGACCUACAACACACGCUAGGUUUGUACCCAGUAUAAAACUCAUUGCUUGGUUAUGUUUCAAAAACAAAAGGUUAUGGAGCCUAAAUCGUGAAAAAUGGUAGCAUAACUAACUGAUGCUCCUAAAAACAUUUCAUGGUUCUAACCUUUAAUAAUAUAUUCAGCCAAAAAAUUUCAUAUUGUCUCAGUAUUUUUUUUCUCUGUAAUAAAGUACUUUAAAAUGUAAAUCCUGUAUUAUGCUCCAAAAUUUAAGUGCUUUAACAAUCUGUAUAACAAAUUUU